UCUCUGCAUUCCAACAAAUUGCGAGUCUUCACGAAGCCUCCACAUUCCGCUACAACCUUCUAUCGAACCUCUUAUCUUUUUCACUCCCUCACUCUCCUAUCUUGCUCUUACUACUUUCUCUUCUUUUCCGAAUUCCCACGCAAACCCCACUAUUUUCCUUUAAAUUCCCCCUGUCUCCCCCAAUAUUUUCUCCAAUUUCCUUAAACCCCUCACUUCUUGAAGCCUGUGCGACACCCUUUUUUUUUUUUGCUCCCCGAGGGUACCAGUUGAAUGGCGACUACGGCGUUGUUUUGCGGUGUCAGCAUUCUCCGUCCUCCGCACUCCGUCUCCAAUAGAAACGCCGGGUUACUCUCUCAGUCACGGUUCUCUUUGAGUCGGAAUUCUGUUGGGGGAUUGAAGUCGCUUCAAUUGAAGACAAAUAGUGCUUUCACAAGGAGAUUUGAUAGUUUUGGGAGGACUACAAGGUCGUUUGUUGUUCGAUGCGAUGCUUCCAGUGGAAGGAUUACACAACAAGAAUUCACGGAAAUGGCCUGGCAAGGAAUUGUUUCUUCACCAGAUGUGGCAAAGGAGAACAAGCAUCAGAUAGUGGAGACAGAGCAUUUGAUGAAGGCCCUUUUGGAGCAAAAGAAUGGGCUUGCACGCCGGAUCUUUUCCAAGGCCGGAGUUGAUAAUACUCGUCUUCUAGAGGCUACUGAUAAAUUCAUCAAACGCCAACCAAAGGUUCUUGGUGAAUCAGCUGGUUCGAUGUUAGGACGUGAUUUGGAGGCCCUGAUUCAGCGAGCCAGGGAUUAUAAGAAAGAGUAUGGGGAUUCAUUUAUUUCAGUUGAGCAUUUGGUGCUUGGAUUCUCGCAGGAUCAACGAUUCGGGAAGCAGUUGUUCAAAGAUUUCCAGAUUUCUUUGCAAAACUUGAAAACUGCAAUAGAAUCUAUAAGGGGGCGCCAAUCAGUAAUCGAUCAAGAUCCUGAGGGGAAGUAUGAAGCUCUGGAAAAAUAUGGAAAAGAUUUGACAGCCAUGGCAAGAGAAGGGAAGCUUGACCCAGUUAUUGGAAGGGAUGAUGAAAUACGAAGGUGCAUCCAGAUUCUCUCCAGAAGAACAAAGAACAACCCUGUGUUAAUUGGUGAACCAGGUGUUGGGAAGACUGCAAUUUCUGAAGGACUUGCACAGAGAAUAGUACAAGGGGACGUGCCUCAAGCUUUGAUGAACCGUAAGCUAAUAUCCCUUGACAUGGGUGCACUCAUUGCUGGGGCAAAAUACCGGGGAGAAUUCGAAGAUAGACUUAAGGCUGUUCUCAAGGAAGUAACAGACUCAGAAGGACAGAUUGUCCUCUUCAUUGAUGAAAUUCACACAGUUGUUGGGGCAGGUGCUACAAAUGGUGCCAUGGAUGCGGGCAAUCUUCUGAAGCCUAUGCUUGGUCGGGGAGAGUUGCGAUGCAUUGGGGCAACUACUCUUGAUGAGUAUCGCAAAUAUAUUGAGAAAGAUCCAGCACUGGAGCGGCGAUUCCAGCAAGUUUAUGUUGACCAACCUUCAGUGGAGGAUACUAUUUCUAUACUUCGUGGACUGCGUGAGAGAUAUGAGCUACAUCAUGGAGUUCGUAUUUCUGACAGUGCACUUGUGGAAGCUGCCAUUCUCUCUGACCGCUACAUUAGUGGACGAUUUUUACCUGACAAAGCUAUUGACCUAGUUGAUGAAGCAGCUGCAAAAUUGAAAAUGGAAAUUACUUCGAAACCAACUUCCCUUGAUGAGAUCAAUCGUUCAGUAUUAAAACUGGAGAUGGAGAGGCUUUCUUUAAUGAAUGAUACAGACAAAGCUUCAAAGGAUAGGCUGAAUCGCCUUGAGGCUGAGCUGGCCCUCUUAAAGGAGAAACAAGCCGAGCUGACUGAGCAGUGGGAGCAUGAGAAGUCUGUUAUGACAAGGAUCCAGUCAAUUAAAGAAGAGAUUGACAGGGUAAAUCUUGAGAUCCAGCAGGCUGAGCGAGAAUAUGAUCUUAAUCGUGCUGCAGAACUCAAGUAUGGAAGUCUGAACUCGUUGCAACGCCAACUUGAAAUUGCCGAAAAAGAGUUGGAUGAGUACAUGAGUUCUGGAAAGUCCAUGCUGAGAGAGGAAGUUACAGGAGAUGAUAUUGCUGAAAUUGUCAGUAAAUGGACUGGUAUUCCUGUUUCCAAGCUCAAACAAUCGGAGAGAGAGAAGCUAUUAUAUCUGGAGGAGGAACUUCAUAAACGUGUUGUUGGCCAAGAUCCUGCAGUGAAAGCGGUGGCUGAAGCAAUUCAACGAUCUCGAGCUGGUCUUUCAGAUCCUCACCGCCCUAUUGCUAGUUUCAUGUUCAUGGGUCCCACAGGUGUGGGAAAGACAGAACUGGCUAAAGCCCUUGCUGCCUAUUUGUUCAACACGGAGGAAGCUCUAGUAAGGAUUGAUAUGAGCGAGUACAUGGAAAAGCAUGCAGUAUCUCGACUGAUUGGGGCCCCGCCUGGUUAUGUAGGGUAUGAAGAGGGAGGACAGUUGACUGAGACGGUUCGCAGGAGGCCAUAUGCAGUUAUAUUGUUUGAUGAGAUAGAGAAGGCUCACUCUGAUGUGUUUAACGUUUUUCUUCAGAUUUUGGAUGAUGGAAGGGUAACAGAUUCUCAGGGCAGGACAGUGAGUUUUACCAAUACCGUUAUCAUUAUGACUUCAAAUGUAGGAUCUCAGUACAUACUCAAUAAUGAUGAUGACACCAUACCAAAGGAGUUAGCGUAUGAUACCAUUAAGCAGCGAGUAAUGGAUGCUGCUAGAUCAGUCUUUCGCCCUGAGUUCAUGAACCGUGUUGAUGAGUACAUAGUUUUCAAGCCUCUGGAUCGAGACCAGAUAAACAGUAUUGUCAGGUUACAGUUGGAACGGGUGCAAAACAGGCUUGCAGAGCGGAAGAUAAAAAUUCAAGUGACAGAUGCAGCUGUGCAGCUUCUGGGGAGUCUUGGGUAUGAUCCGAACUAUGGUGCAAGGCCGGUCAAGAGAGUGAUACAGCAAAAUGUGGAAAAUGAGCUUGCCAAAGGCAUUUUGCGAGGGGAAUUCAAGGACGAGGACCCAAUUUUGAUAGAUACUGAGGUCACGGCAUUUUCUAAUGGCCAGCUUCCGCAGCAAAAGCUAGUCUUUAAGAAACUGGAGACUGAUUCAGAUAAACCCACUGCAGAAGACCAAGAAGCUUUUUCACAAGCUCAUUAAGAGAGGUCAUAUUUUUUCCGACGAGGAACUAUGGAGUUCUGGCGUAGUAGGUAAAUCCUGGAUACUUGGACCUUCCCUCUCUAUAAGGUCUUGGGUCCUCCAGCUGAAAGAACUCAACCCCAGUCAGCUCAGUCCUUCCUGGGUAGUUAUGGGUUAUAUUUGGGCUGCUUUAACCCAGGCUUUACGUACUCAAGUUGCAAUUUUUUAAUCUUGCUUUCCUCAAUACCUGAACUUUCUAUACAUGUAAACAACUCUGUCUUUGUAUUUAUAAUGAUAAGCUAUGAGAAAUGGUAUUUUCACUGCUA